UUCACAUUGCUGGCCCGCCGAGCAGCUUAGCAACUCGGGUUGGAGUUUGGUGGUGCUUCACAAGAGUCUGUUUCAGUGGCGAAGAUAAGAAGGACGACUUGGAAGGAAAGUGUGAUGAUGAGAGUGAGGCUGAGAACAGCAGCAGACUCCCUGAUUGUGCUGACCUGCCUCUUAGCGCUGCUUCCAUCCCAUGCCCAUAUUCUUGAGGGAUGGACUUGCGAGACGGAGGGCGGGAAUGUGUGUGGAUGGUCAGUGUCUGGGGCAUCACAGGUGGGAGAGGACCCACCUGCCCCUCCCACCUCCCACACCCACGUCUUCUCCCUGGCAGCUGGCACAGGUGGUGGUGAUAGCGACGGUGUAACCGGCAAGGCCACUAGUCCUGUUUUUCUUCCCUCCCGCCUCUGCAAGUUGGACAUGUACCACUGGGUGCGUGGAGCGACCUCCCUGCUGCGGGUUCAUCAGGUGGAAGCCUCCAGGGGUCGGGUCCUCAGGAAGAGGACCAUCUUGGGCACUGACACACCAACACCCUCCUGGACUCACAAACAAAUUCACCUCUCUUCUACAGUGCCAUUUUUUGUGCUACUGAAGGGCGAGGUGGAGGCUGGUGGUAAUGUGGUAGUGAAUAACUUGACCCUCAGCGCUCACUGUCAGCCUCACCCAUCGCCUCCCCUAACUCGCUGCAGCGAUGACCAGUACUCCUGCUUUUUUGCUGAUGUCUGCAUUCCAGAGACAAAGGUGUGUGAUUUCACUGUAGAUUGCCCACAAGGUGACGACGAAUCCACAUGCCCUGCUACGGACUUCGAGAAUGGCCUGUCUGGUUGGUUUGACGCAGGAUACAAUGACACCACUUACUUAUUUCAAUGGGUAAUGGCAAAAGAUGCUCCUUAUCCUCAGGGAACUGCCCUAGACUACGAUCAUACAUAUUUAAAUGGCACCGGACAUUUUAUGUGGGCACCCGGUUCGUCUUCAGAUGAUAGUCCAGCAACAGCCAUACAACAGUCCACAAUGGUCGGGCCGGUCAUCGUACCGUGUACCAUUGUCUUCUGGUACCAGCGUAUCGGUACCAACCCUGAUCUCAGGCUCAUUUUAAAUUCAGAAUCGGAUAGCUAUAUUUUUCAAGUAUAUGCACCGGCUAAUCUGAAUUUAAAUUGGAAGAGAUUUGAGUAUCCGAUUGGAAGCUAUGAUGAAAAAAUCUACAUGAAAAUCAUCAGCAACUGGAAGAAGGAGGACGGUGUUUACAACGACUUGUGCCUCGACGACAUCGAGCUCAACUGGUGCGACCCCAAGACUCCCCCAUUUACGGAAGACCUUCGCUGCACCUUCGACACCCCUUGUAGGCUGUUCCAGAGCCAUGAUGACGACACGGACUGGCAGGUCAGCUUCACCACCUCACACCCUGAAGUUGGUGUUUACAUUAUCAUUUGUUUUUCUAUACCUGCAGAUAAGUUCAUGAUCACAUCAUACUCUCAAAAGGGUGUGGCCACGUUGCAGACUUGGUGGUAUUCACCUAAAGUGUCAUCUUUCUGCCUCUCCUUCAGUUAUGUGGUGGAGAAGAUGACUAGCCUGAAGGUGUUGCUGGUGACGGAGGAAGAGAGCGCCGUGCUGUGGGAGCGGGAGAACCAGACAGACAUCGCAGUGUGGCGGACCCAGCACCUCCAGCUCGAUGUCGACGUUCCGCUUCAGUUACACUUCGUAAGUGAGCAGUCUGGGAACAGUGUGCAGCUUGAUAACGUGGAGACGCACGAGGGCAACUGUCCAGCAUUUUUUAGCUGUUCAUUUGACGAUGGUUAUGAGACGUGUGAGUGGACGAACUAUGAGGACGGCACCGACAUCCUCAUGUGGAUCGAGAGUGAUGGUCAGGAGGGUGAUGCGAACGCUCCGCCGGUGGACCAUUCUCUGGAGACGCGGGAAGGCCACUUCGUGUACCUGCCUCUGCAGCCUGGCCAGGACCGCCAGAAGGCUUACUAUAAGAGCCCUCAGAUCACCACCACCACGCCCGAGGGCGACUGCUUCCACUUCUGGUUCUACCUCAUCUCCUACAAUGCAUCAGCACCUGUAGGAGAGCUGGCAGUACGUCUCCUGACCAACGUGGUGUCAGAACGCAUAUGGGAACACACUUACAACUUCCGCAGUGGGUGGCAGUUCGGCCAGGUUACUGUCAAACACCAGCAAAACUUCAGUAUAAUCUUAGAAGGUUUACGCAAGACAGGCAACGAGGGUGCCAUGGGCUGGGAUGACCUGUCCAUCGUGCGGGGACCCUGUGGUGACCCGGGGUCCUGCUCCUUCGAGAAUGGCUUGUGUGGCUGGGCAGACGAAGGCAUGCAGGCCCACCACUUCACCAGCAACAACUGGGUAUGGUACACAGCAGAGGAUGGCCUCUAUGGUCUGCUGGUCGACCACACUACUCUCUCUGGCAAAGGUCACUAUAUUAUUGCUGACCCCAGUGAGUGUACGUACGCCGGCGAGGCGUGUAUUGCCAACCUUGAUAGCAGCGACAUCAGCCCUCUGCAAGAGGAAUAUUGCUUUUCGUUCUAUGUGAAUAGCCUUCAAAAUAGUGAUGCCAACACGCUGAGCGUUGAGCUGGUGGACGUUACCAAGAAUCUGAGCAAGACUAUAGACGUGUUGACUCGCGAGCCAGACCAGACCUGGACCUUGCAUAGUAUGCAGCUCAACCACUUGACCUUCAUCUUCCACCUCCGUCUACGGGCUGCCUCCGUCAACACUUUGAUUCAGGGAGACGCCUACAUUGCUUUGGAUGACUUUGAGCUGACACCUGGGAAGUGUAGGUGGUUAACCACCACGCCAAGACCCUCUGCCACGCCUCCUCCUGAUCCAGUGCUGACCUGUACCUUCGAGGAGGACUCACUGUGUGGAUGGAGUCAAGACCUGACAGACGGGGGCGACUGGGAGCUGGUUACUGGCAGCGUCGCGUCCUCCAGCCUGUACGCGGACUUCGGCCCCGCUGAAGACCACACCACUCACCUUUCUGAUGGUCACUUCAUAUUUGCGAGCUCAAAAAGUGGUAGCAAUAUUGUUGUUAGGCUACGGUCUGAAGACCUGCCGGCCGACUCACCCCACUGCUUCACCUUCUAUUAUUACAUGCACGGCUCUGUACCUCCACCUCUCAAUAUGUAUUUAUUACAGGAUGAAUUUCGUCCUGAUCAGCACUUAGAUUGGACUGCUCAAGGGGAGCACGGGGAGAAAUGGCACCACAUGAAGUUCUUCAUUCCAAACACCACAGUAUCCAGUCAGUUUAUAGUUUUCGAGGCAGUUCUAAGCUACUAUAAUAAGGAUGUCGGCCAUACAGCCAUUGAUGACAUCCUCCUCCUGGAUGGAGCCUGCUCGUCUGCUGGAUUUGGUGCUGAUUGUGACUUUGAAGCUUCAGACAAAUGUGAAUAUUCAGUAUUUACUGAGAUUGGUGGUCCCGGCUGGUCUCAGGGCAGUAACGCUGCCAGUGGCCCCGACACUGACCACACCUAUGGCGAGUCAAACGGUCACUACAUGUACUUAGGCUAUGACAACGGCAGAGAAACAAAGAGUCUGCUCUCUAGUCCCCUCGUAAGAAGCACUGAGGAGUUCAUAUGUGUGAGAUGGUACUACUACAUAGAGGGACCAGUGAACAUGACAGCCCAUCUGAGAGUUUCUGUUAGUAAUGAAGACCCUUGGAAGGUUAACACGACUGAAGGAAGUGCCUGGAACCUUGGCCGCUUAACUGCUCAAAUUAUUGGUGACUUUGAUGUUGAGUUUGAAGGAUACGUGUACUUCCCUACUGAUGACGUCAUCAUUGCCAUUGAUGACGUAUUGAUAGAGGCAAAAGCUUGUCCUGCCGCAGCCUCGUGCAGCUUCGAGGACGGCAUGUGUGACUGGACAGACGACGCUGACAGCAACGUGCUCUGGCUCAUGCAGUCUGGCGCAGACGCAGAAGAAGCCUCAGGACCGCUCUAUGAUCAUACUUUAAAUUCACGUGAUGGGCAUUACAUGUUUAUGAGCGCAAGAACGGGGUGGCCCGGUGCAGACGGAAUACUCAGGUCAUCACUCAUAGAUGCGGGAGACUACUGUUUUGAGUUCUACUACUACAUGAGUGGACAAGAUAUUGGAGCUCUUCUUGUGUCCAUUCAAAUAGAAGAUGAAAGCCACACUGUGUUCAAUAGAACUGGUAAACAAGCAGACGAAUGGAGAUUGGGAAGAAUUAGCAUAAAGGAGAUUUCGGACUUUACUAUCAAAGUCAUUGGCAUUGUAGGCUCUGGAACAGAGGGAGACAUUGCCAUUGAUGACACUUGGACCUCCUUUGGAGUCUGCCCUCAUGUCCCAGGCCAGUACUUAUGUCAUGAUGGCAAAAUAAUACCAGAGGAGAAGCUUUGUAACUUUAUAGCUGACUGUUCAGACAAAGACGAUGAAGAGAACUGUGGAGCAUGUGACUUUGAAAAUGGAAUGUGUGGCUGGACAGCAAUGAACAAUAGUGCCUAUUUGUGGGAACUUGGACAAAACUUGAGUAGUGAUGACAACAAUGGAGAAUACAUCUAUGACCAUACACUAGGGACAGACUUGGGUCACUUUCUGUAUGUUGUGGAGCAACCCAGUGAUGAUGGAGGCCCAGCUGCUCUUGUUACUAUACCCCACCAUGAUUCCAAGAUUCACUGCAUCUUUCUCCUCUGGUAUCGAGAAAAUUCGAAUGAAGCACUUGACAAAAAUAUCGAGGUACUUGUGAGUGUUGAGAGAUACGGUGAUGUUACACCUCUUGCAUAUUUAGUCAAUGAAAACACUGAUGAUUGGAAGGAGGCUGUAGUAAUACUUCAUGACUGGCUUGGAGAUUUUGUUGUGCGUGUGGAGGCCACUACCACUGCCGCUCUGUCGGACCUGUCAGUGGAUGACUUCUCCUUUGUGAACUGUGCCAUGCCUCAUGGGUCGGUUCCGUGCCUCACCAACCAAAUCCGCUGUGAACAAACAGGACUCUGCAUUGAUAACGAUCUGUUGUGUGACAACACAAACGACUGUGGAGAUAUGAGUGAUGAAAUAGACUGUGGGAUCAAUGUUCCUUUGUGCACCUUUGAAGAGGAUGACUCCUGUUACUGGGCUCAGGAAGAUGAACAGGAUGAUAUGGAUUGGGAGCGAGGAUCUGGUCCCACUCCAGCUGGACGCUACAGCCAUAUGACGGGCCCUCCAGUGGACCACACAACUCGACUUGCAAAUGGUCACUAUCUUUACAUUACUCGGUUCCCAGGGAAAGUUCAUGAGAAAGAUAUCAUCACUAAGCGUAGUUGGCUCCUCAGCCCAGUUUUGCAAACCCAUAGUGAGACAAAAUGUGUUUUGAGAUUUCAUUACUACAUGUAUGGUAAAAAUAUUCAAGAACUGAAUGUAUACCUAAGAUGGAAUUUGUAUGGCAUAAAAACAUUGGUCUUUAGCAGAAAUGGAGAGCAAGGACAGUUCUGGGAGCGUGGAAUUGCAACAUCACCAUCAACUCAGUCAUUUCAAUUCAUCAUUGAAGGCAUUACUGGAAGUUCAGAUUAUACCGACAUUGCAAUUGACGACUUAUCAUUCUCAGAAGGAUGCAUAAUUGUGAAUGAUACACUCCCUGUAGGCACCACUCCUUCACCUACUAUCAACCCUUGUAAUGAUGAUGAAUUUAAUUGUGGUAUUUGGGAUGAAUGUAUUCCAAAUAGCCAUCUAUGCGACUGGCAGAAAGACUGUUCAAAUGGUGCUGAUGAAAUUGACUGUGGAAACUGUAAUUUUGAAUCUGGUACCUGCACUUGGAAUGACGUGAGCCAAGGAGUCUUUUCCUGGAAUCUUUUACGUGCUGGUGACCUCACACCCUACGAUCAUCCACACGUGGACCACUCUUUUGGGGUCAGCACUGGCCAUUAUAUGUACCUCACAGGUGCAGAUGGUUUAGAAGGUAAAACAGCAGUGUUUAGUGGACCAAAGCUUUUACAUGAUGGAGGAUAUUAUUGUGAAUUUCACAUGUGGCUAUAUCAGAGGCAGAGUGUUAAUGUCCAUCUUGCUUUUUAUUCUGACGAUGAAGAACUUGGUAGUCAUAUUUUGCUCUACAAUUUUUCUACACCAGUUCCAAAUGAAGAAAAAUGGAAUGAGAUAAUUAUUCCUGCAAAAAAUGUACUGUCACAUUUUCAUUUUACUUUAGAAGCAACGCCAGUAUUUGAUGAAGCUGCUGAUUGGGCAGAUUCUCAUUCUGUACUUGCUGUUGACGACUUUGAAUUAUUUAACUGUAAUUUUGAUGUCAUAGGACUGAAUUGCAACUUUGAUGACCCUGACUUUUAUCAUGGAUUUUGUAUGUGGCGGCAGUUUAGUGAUGACCAACAAGAUUGGAAGAAUACUGAAAUGUUUCCUGAAGAACUUCCUGACCACACCACAGGAAAGACAUACUAUAUCUUUAUUAAUUUUAAUGACCAGAUGGCUAAAAAUGGAGACAAGGCAGUUUUAGAAAGUACCGUACAGUCCAAAGCAGUAACAUUUGACAUGAUCUUUACACUCUGGUAUUAUUUCUAUGGCGAGAAUGUCGGAACAUUUAGAAUAAUUCAGAGAAAGCGAACUCUUGGAGAAAAUAACACAUAUUUUGAAUUGAAUGAUUCACAAGAAAACCGGUGGAUGUUGUUUGAAACAAAACUUGAUGGUGAUGAUGAUUUCUCAAUGAUUUUAGAGGGUGAAUGGGGAGAUAUUGGACCAGGAAUGCUAGCUGUGGAUGAUAUCAAAAUGACUUCAAAGCUUCAUUCACCAAAAUGCGACUUUGAAGUUGAUUUCUGUCAGUGGUCUCCAGGGUCAACAGGUAAUACAAAAUGGGAGAGGGCCCGAGGAGAAGAGAACAUAUCUAAUGCUCCUCCAGUAGAUCACACUACAAAUAGUGAAAUGGGUUACUAUGCUUAUCUAAAGCCAACAGGCUCCACUGAUGCAAAUGCCUAUCUUAUUACUCCAACUUAUGAUAAUAUUGGGAUUCAGUGCCUCAGAUUUUGGUUCCACAUGUGGGGAGAAGGUGCUGGCUCACUAGCUGUUUAUGCAAUGGAAUACAAUAACCCUGACUAUACUUAUAUUUGGAUUUGGAACAGUAAUACAUAUGAGAUGUGGGCACUAGGAGAAGUAACUAUUCCUAAUAUGCACAAGAUAUCUAUAGGUAUUGAAGGAAUAUCUGGAGAAAACAAUGAAACAAUAAUUGCAAUUGAUGAUAUUGAAUUUAUACCAGAUUUCUGCCCAGAGAAUUAUGAAUGUGACUUUGAAUAUGACCUAUGUGACUGGUACAACACAAAUACUGGGGAUGACACUUUUGACUGGGUGUGGUCUUCUGGAGAUGAAGGUGGAGGCAUCAUCGUAGAUCACACCAUAAACUUUGCGACUGGCCAUUACAUUGUAGCAAAACUCUCAGGCAAGAUAAAGGAUGAUAAUGCUAAAUUAUUUGGAAGUCAAAUUCCUUCCAGCCUGAAGUGUAUGACAUUUUGGUAUUCUAUGCAAAAUAUCGUAAAUGCUACAUUGAGUGUUACUUUAAUAGUUGAUAGUGAGGAUAUCUUAAUUCUGAAGCUUUCCAAUUCAUCCUUAAAACAUAUUUGGGAAGAAGUAAAAUUAACUCAUGAUGUGAUAGCUAGUACCUUUCAACCAAUGAUCAAAAUUUCAGUUGAUGAAAAUUUUACUUUACUGGAGAAUGAUGCAGUUGCUAUAGAUGACAUUACCUUUACAAGGGCUUGUGAUUACUCUACAUUACCUCCAUAUAUAACUACCCCACCACCCACCCAUGUUCCCUCAUCAUAUGAUUGUGACUUUGAACAUGAUGAGAGUCAAACCUGUGGAUGGACUCAAGAUGCAGCAGAUGGUCUUGACUGGCAACGAAAUCAAGGAUCGACACCAACUGAAGAGACAGGACCCAGCACAGACCACACUACAAUGACAGAGGAUGGACACUACUUAUAUGUUAGCACAUCAGGCCAGUUUCAACAUGCUGCUAAGUUAAUUAGCAUACCUAUAGAUCUUGAAUUCCGUGGAGCAUGUCUGUCUUUUUGGUACCACAUGCAUGGCCCUAAUAUUGGUGAACUCAAUGUGGAAUUACAGCCAAGUGGGACAAAUAACACUACAUCUAUAUGGCAUCGUCAACAUGAACAAGGAAUUGACUGGUUACAAGCCAAGGUUUACCUACCAUAUGCAGGUUACAGUUACUUCAUGAUAGUGAAAGCUAUACCUCGGAUGGAAGGGAGGGGAGAUAUUGCAAUAGAUGAUAUUAUUCUUGAUUUUGGAGUUUGCAAUUCAGUCAAUUUAUGUGAGUUUGAAGAUGGAAUAUGCAACUAUGAACAGUCAGUUGAAGAUGAUCUUGACUGGAAGCACGUGUCUGCAUCAUCCUCUGGAGAUGAGGAUAGGAGUCCAUUAGAAGAUCAUUCCAGACAGACUUCAUUGGGUCAUUAUUUCAAGUUGUAUGGUGAGGGAUCUGCCUUAAUGUACUCAAAUAAAAUUCAUCCUAAGUUUAAAUGUGUCCAAUUUUGGCUUUUUUAUGAUGGAAAUAUUGACAUGGAGCAAGCAGUCCUUCAUGUCUACAAACACAUAGAGUACACAUCAGAAAAUGAAAAACUGCUUACAGUUUCUGGCAUUUUCAGUCGUGAGUGGAAUUUAUACAGGCUGCACAUUGACAGUACAUCUUACUAUUCCAUCGGUUUUGAAGGCCACUCACACCUAUAUUCAGUUAUUGGUCUCGAUGAUGUUCAGACAAUAUUGACUUGUGAGGCCCUACGAGAGUGUAAUUUUGAGACAGACCUUUGCAUAUGGAGAAAUGCAGAUCCGGGGGUUUCCUCAGAUUGGUCUUUGAUGACUGGUGACCAACUCUCCAAUCCAUAUGGGCCAAAAGUUGAUGUUACUUUGCGUUCUCCAUAUGGUGGAUUUAUUUAUCUUGAUACAGCUAGUGAAAAUUUAGAGAUAAGUGCACUUCUGGUAACAGAUUUACUAGAACGAGGUGUGUGGUGUGUAAGCUUUUGGUUUCAUCUGCAAGGAUUGGGCAAUCAUAGCAUUAGGCUUAUCAUAGAAAAUGUGAAUAAUGAAGAUUCAUUAGUAGUUUGGGAAGAAAAUUCUAUUAUUCAUGCUGACUGGAAGUUUGCACAAGUGACAGUAAAUGUGACACAAUAUGGUUCUACAUUAAGCUUUUUAGGAGUUUCUGACCAUGGGAAAAAAGGAAUUAUUGCCUUAGAUCAAGUUAAAAUAAAUCCUAACAGUUGUACCAAUGGCACUAUUCCAGACUGUGCCAUUUUUUGUGAUGCCAACAAAUGUAUAAAACCAGAUCAGAUGUGUAAUUUUGUUCAAGAAUGCAGCCAGGGACAAGAUGAAAACUUCUGUGGCUACAACUGCACAUUUGAAUUAGCUGAUGGAGACCAUUGUACUUGGUCUAAUGUAGCAACAGAUGGGGACUUAUCCUGGACACUUCAUCAGGGUCAAGAAACUAAUAAUUCAUAUGGUCCUUCUUCAGACCACACACUAGAAACAAGUAAGGGUCACUAUGUAUCAGUUUCUCCAAGAACUUCUGAUAACAGAGACUUCAGCAGCCCCAUCUUUAUGAGCCCAAAUCUUUAUAAUUCAGCUGCCGAGUGUCGCAUGAUUUUCUGGUAUGUGGCAUAUGAGGUAGCCAGUGACAAAUCUUCUAAUGAUGUAGGAAUCUUAGAAAUAUCCUACAAUGUAAGUGAUAUUACCACACUUUUAUUAGAGAUAAAUGCUAAUCAGAGAGACGAGUGGAUGUAUGGCAUAACAUACUUGGGUAGAAUACGUUCUGAAUUUACAGUGUUUUUUGAAGGCAAAAAAAAUUUAGAUGUUGAAGGUUACAUGGCAGUUGACGACAUCAGUUUUGAAGAAUGUUUCUUACCUUCACCACAAAAUGAAAUAUGUGAAGAUUUUGUUUGCACCAAUCAAGUUUGUAUCUCAAUGUUUAAUGAGUGUGACUAUGUAGAUGAUUGUGGGGACUACUCAGAUGAAGUUGAUGCUUUAGCUGGAUGUAACAAGUACGUGGGGCGUUGUAAUUUUGAGGAUGGUUCAUCAUGUGAUUGGCAAAAUAAAGAAGAUAGCAAUUGGCAGAUUGGUUCACCAAGCACCCAGGAUAUUAUUCCAUCACGUGAUCACACUCUGAAUUCAGCAUUAGGUUCCUUCAUCUAUAUUGAGAGUAACAAGAAUCAGAUUGAAGCUACACAAAGCAUAAUAACUAGUCCUGUGAUCAGUGUUCCUUCCAUACUAUGCCAUUUAAGGUUCUAUUAUUACAGUUUUGGCCCUGCAGUAGACAAGUUAGUGGUGUCAAUUCAGUAUUCAUCAAAUGGAGUUCAAAAAGACUUGAAAGUAAUAUCUGGACCCAUUGGACAAUACUGGGUUCGUGCUGAGAUCAUGCCUCCAAGUGAUGAUGCUUGGAGGCUGAUGAAAUUUAUUAUUACUGGCACUGUCUUAAAUUACACAAGUGGAUCAGAUUCAGUUAUUGCCAUUGAUGAUAUUUCAUUCAGUAAGGACUGUGCACUUUCUAAUGAAACAUUGCCCACAGCAACAAUCCCCAUUACUACAACAACUGAAAAUCAUUGUCAGAGUGGAUAUCGUUGUGCAAAUCAUAACUGUGUUCUUCAUUCUGAUGUUUGUGAUUUCAAGGAUGAUUGUGGGGAUAACAGUGAUGAAUCUCACUGUGCUGAGUGUAGUUUUGAAGUAGAUCAGUGUGGCUGGUCAGAUGUAAGUGUUGGGACAAAUAAAUGGCUUCGGGCAAAUGGAUCACCAUAUGGUCGUGAUGGUUAUGUAAUGAAAAUACUUCACUUUGGUACAGGUACUCUUGAAAUAGCAGACCUUGAUACUUUUAAUAUGGGUGCUACAGAUACCACAUGUUCAAUGAGUUUUUAUUACUACAAACAAGGUGGGGAAGAUUCAACCCUUCAGCUUGAUCUUUUGAUGGGUGCCAUAGAACUUAAUUUGUGGUUUAUCUCUGAAGACAAGGGUGAAGAAUGGCAGAAUCAGACAGUGGGAAUUUUAGCCCAUGAUCUUGGUUGGAAGUUACGAUUUAGAGCAGAUAAGCUUGAAGAUGGUGGAAAUAUUGUGAUUGAUGAUAUUCACUUUAAUAAUUGUGUUCUUCCUACCCCCUCAACUUGUAAAGAUAGCCAGUUCCCUUGCACUAAUGGUGUUUGUGUUAAUGAGAGUCAGAUCUGUGACUUCAGUAAUGAUUGUGGAGACAAUUCAGAUGAGGUGCCUGAGACCUGCCAACUAUAUCCUGAAAGAUGUGACUUUGAAUUUGGGUUUUGUCAUUGGUCGCAAGAUUUGCUGGAUGAUCUUGACUGGAUACGCAAAACUGGCGAGAUGCUUGAUGAGCAUGUUGGACCAGAUUAUGACCAUACUUAUGGAAAUGAGACCGGUUUUUAUAUGUAUCUGCAAAGCGUCAAAGGCUCACAAGGUAAAAAUGCCAAAGUAUCUAGUGCACCUUUCCUUCCUUCAUCAGGUGGUUGCCACUUUAGGUUUUGGCAUAUGAUGAGAGGUAACCAGAAUGCUUCUCUGAGAAUCUAUGUCCAAGAAACAUCAAAACCAAAUACAAUUAGGAGUGAUCUUGUACUCUUUCAGACUAAUGGUUCUAGUGAAUAUCUCUGGAUUCCUGAAGAUUUACCUAUUGUGUUUGCAAGGUAUUUUAAAAUUGUCAUUGAAGGUUGGGCUGGAGCAGAAGUGGAUGGAGAUGUUUCAAUUGAUGACAUAUCCUUUUCACCUGAGUGCAGAACUACAAUUUGUUCCGAUAAUGAAUUCCUUUGUCCUACUGAUGGGUGCAUUUCCAAAACAAUGGUGUGUGAUUUCCGAUACGACUGUAAUGACCAUAGUGAUGAAGUACAAUGUCCUGAAUUCUGUUCUUUUGAAAAAGAUGCAUGUGGUUGGGAAGAGGCUGUUAAUGAUGAAUUAAACUGGAUUUUAGCUCAGGCUAAUGACACUAACUCUGGCACAAAUCAAACGGGACCAUUUACUGACCAAACAGGUGACAGAGAGGGUCAUUUCUUGCUACUAAAUGAAAAACAAAGGUUACCAGAGCACCAGGUUGGGCAGUCCUUUGCACACUGGUAUCAGAACUCCAGACCAGAUUGCAUUUAUUCAUUUUGGUUCUAUCGAGAGCAAGAUAUAGGGGCUGACAUUUUCCUGCAUCUCAACUCCUCAGUUGAUACAUACACCAUCUUGACUUAUUUUAGCAGUAGUGUUGAAACUGCAAAUACUUGGACACUGAAAAAUGUUAACAUUGGCCGACGUAGAAAUGCUUUCCAGUUGUCUCUAUACACGCAGCCAAGCAAUGGUUAUUCUGGACUCUUUGCCAUAGAUCAGACUGUCUUUAAGAAUUGUGACUACCCAUUUCCAGCAGAAGGAGAUUGUCAACCAGCAUUCUAUCACUGCCCUGUAACAAUGCUUUGUGUAUCAGAGUUAUACGUUUGUGACCUGUCUGAUAACUGUGGCUCUGGCGAGGAUGAGACACUUGAAGCAUGUGCUGGCUACCAUCGUAUAACAUUAGAAGAUGACUCUCUUGGUUGGUUUAUGCAAGGGGAAAAUGGCAUCAAUGAUGAUGCUGACUGGUUCUAUGGGACAGGAUCAUCAACUAUUAUCGGCUUAGCCCCAAAUUUUGACCAUACUCUAUGGAAUUCUGAUGGGCACUACGUGUAUCUGGAUGUGCAAGAGGGACAGGUUCAGAUGGCCCAGCUCCUGAGUCAAAAGCUGAUGGCUGGACCCGACUGCACCUUUGUGUUCCACUACAAUAUGUACGGCUCCGGCUUUGGAAAUCUUUCAGUCAUAAUUCGCCAAGAAUUUGGGCCAACAGAGACAGUAUUUGAGAUACAAGGAACUGCAGAUCCAAUGUCAGGUGUUUGGCAGAGAGCACAAUUGACUGAAGCAGUGUUGCCACAGGAAGAUCCCUUCCAGAUUAUCCUGCAGGGCCAGUCCAUGGCUAACCAUGAAGGAACAAUUGCUCUUGAUGAUUUUGUAUUUCAUUCUGACUGCAGGUUGUAUGGGGCAACAACCACCACCACCACCACUACACCACAUACUACAAUGCAUCCUGAAAAUUGCACAAAGAAUGAAUUUAAAUGUGAUGAUGGGACAUGCUUACCAUUGAGAAAGCGCUGUAAUUUUGUUAAUGAUUGCCAGAAUGAUGAAGACGGCUGUGUUGUAACAACGUGUAACUUUGAGAAUGAGCAGUUGUGUGGUUGGGGAAUCACAGCUACAGAUCAUCCUAUGUUCCAAGAUGGUGGUGAAAAUUUAGAUGUUAAGAACAUUAAUGAAGAUCAAGUUGGAGCAAGUGGAGUCCUUUUCACGUGGAUGUUGAUGCAAGGUUUGACCUCCGUGGAGCCUCCCUUCCAGCAAUAUAAGCCAGAGGUAGACCACAGCUUUGGUAAUAACAAAAGCUACUACGCUUAUGUUUCUUCUGUGAAUGAUGAUUAUGAUGAUGUCACAGACCUCGCAACUGAAUAUUUCAUUGGGGAAACUGCCAAGACCUGUCGUUUUGGUUUCUGGUACUGGUGGACUGGUCCGAAAUCUGGGUCACUCCACGUGAUAAUAACACCCACAGUGGGAGAUUCUCGUGAAGCCUGGAUGAUAGAUGGCAACACUGGCAAUCAGUGGCAAAUGGCAGAGGUUGGCCUAGGUGAACUGAAUAUGGAAUUCGUUAGACUUCAGGCUCAUCGAGGCAUAAGUUAUGAGGGUGGUGGAGCUGUUGAUGAUCUCUACUUUGCAGAGUGUGUUAUUCCAGUUAUGCCUCCUGAUGGACUGACAUGUGAAGACAUGGACCAAUAUCAGUGCAGCAGUGGUACAUGUGUGAUGGAAGACUCUGUGUGUGACUUUUCUGACGACUGCCUCGACAACUCUGAUGAAGCCUUGGAAAUCUGUAGCUACUUCAUUGGCCGCUGCUCAUUUGAAUAUGGAUUGACAGUUGAUUGGAAAGAAGAUGUAGAUGACAGCACUGACUGGGUGUUGAUGCAGGCCUCUUCUGAUAAUUCAGGCACUUUGCCUGCAUAUGAUCAUACACUUGGCACCAAAAAGGGUCACUAUAUGCUACUGGAUGUGUCAAGAUCAAGCUCAACUCCUUUGGUGGGACGUCUUCACUCUCCAGUGAUCCUAAGUGAUGUGUCUAAGUGUGCCAUCAGGUUUUGGUACCAGACCACGGGUGACAACCCUGGAGUCAUCAAUAUUUACACACGCACAUCAUAUUAUGAAAGUGGUUCCCACCUUGUUGCCAGUCUCACCAGAACUGCCAAGAAUGUGUGGCUCAAAUUCAGCAUGACUUUUGGUAAAUCUGAUACAGGUAACUUUCAGGUGGUGUUGGAAGGUUAUUCUCCAAAGGACAGAAAUGGCUUCUUGUUACUAGAUGACUUAUCCAUGACUCCCUAUUGUGAAGUGUCUUCCGACCAGCAUCUUCCUGGAGAAGAUGACAUUACAACACCCAAACCAAACUGUCCAUCAGGGCAAUUGGACUGUGCAAAUGGUCAAUGUUACAACCCUGUUGAAGCUUGUAACUUUGUAGAUGAUUGUGGUGAUGGCACUGAUGAACGAGACUGCAGCAAAACAUGUGAUUUUGAAACGGAUUUGUGUGGAUGGUUCGAGAACAGUGCCAAUUCUAUCCACUGGGCUGUUACUGGCUUCCCGGCUGGUGCUCCUGGUCCAGAUGCUGACCACAAUGGUGAUGUUUCCAAACAUGACCUCAGCUCCUCCAAGAGUGCGAGCUUAUCUGGACAGACAGCAAUAUUGGAGUCUCGGGUAUUCUCUGCUGCUGGUCCAAAUUGUGUCUUGACCUUCUAUUACUACAUGGGAAACACUGAAAGUGAAAGUUCUUCUUUGUCUCUCUUUAGGAAGACUGAGUCGAAGGUGGCAAAUGGUGUUCAACCUGAACUACUGCUUCAAAUGUCAGAUAACUCACAAAAAUGGGCCCAAAAAUAUGUAAAUAUUGGCAACAAGAAAGAUUUUUCUCUGUAUUUCAAGGCUAUACAUGGCCAGGGAAAGACUUAUAUUGCAGUGGAUGAUAUAGCAUUCAAGAAUUGUCGCUCAACUCGUGAAUGCCAAAGUAACAUAGAUUUCCAGUGUGCUGAUGAAUCCUGUAUUCCACGGCAGUAUGCCUGUGAUGCCAAGUAUGACUGUCCAGAUAAGAGUGAUGAAUACAGAUGUGAAAAUGUUCAGGGGAACUGCAACUUUGACAAAGAAUCUUGGCUUUCUGAUUGUGGAUGGGAGCGCUCUGUUGAUGAUGACAAAGACUGGUCUCGAGGUAGCUCCUCCUCCGAUCCUCUCGGUGGUCCUUCCCAUGACCACACAUUAGGAUCUUCUGGAUAUUAUCUGUUUUUAUCAAGUGCAGAAGAACUACCAGGCAGAAUAGCAUCCAUCAAAAUUCAGAAGGAAUACCCACCAUCUACUGAUAUAUGUUAUGUCCGUUUUUGGUACUACAUGCACAAUAGCGACAGCACAGUUGAUGUUGGCUCCCUCAGACUGUACCUUGAAGAGUCUUCUGGAAGGCGCAGACUACUCAUGUCUCACAGUGGUAAUUAUGAGGCAAAGUGGCUGGAAGAAGUGUUGCUAGUCUCAUCCAGUGACUCAUUCUACCUCAUAUUUGAGGGGGAGACUGGUGAUCCAUUCAAAACAUACAUUGCUCUAGAUGACAUCUCUCUCACACAGGAAUGUGUAACUGGUGUAGGUCCUCCACCUAUUAACAGUACAUGUGGGAGUACUGAGAAGCAGUGUGCAACAGGAGAGUGCAUCCCUGCAGACUUCUUCUGUGACUGUUAUGCAGAUUGUGUUGAUAGUUCAGAUGAGCUGGAUUGCUCUGUAACAUGUCCAUCGACGAUCACACGACCAAUGAUAACUACAACGACAUCUAUGUCAUCUACCACUCCAACCACAACUCAAGGCCCUAAUGCGUGUAACGAUACCCAGUUUCCAUGCGGCGACAAGGACUUUACCUGCAUACCCAGCAUGCUCCUUUGUGAUGGUAUCCAUGAUUGCCCCAAUAGUAAAGAUGAACUAGAAUGCCCAGAAAAUACUCCAUGUGACCCUGGUUACAUAUACUGUGGGGAUCAAUUCAUGGCCGAUCAUCCCUGUUUAGAAGCAGAGAGUGUGUGUGAUGGGAAAAUUGACUGUAAAUUAUACAAUGCUGAUGAGUCUUUGUGUGGUGUGUGUCCAUCUUAUUACUGCCUAAACCAAGGUACAUGCAGUGUGCCAAGUAAACAAGCACCUGUCUGCAGUUGCAAGAAAAACUCUGAAGGUGAACGGUGCCAGACAAAGCUCCACAAAGAAUUGAGUGGUGGUGCUAUUGCGGGGAUUGUUAUAAGCUGUUUCGUCUUCGUUGGUCUUGCUGCUUUCAUUGUCUACUACAUAUCCAAGAAGAAAAUGUAUCCACGAGGAAGCGUCAGUGAAACAUCUCCGAAGGAAACUGAUGACACAGAUGGCAAAUUUCAAUUUGUUCAGCCAGGCACCAGUCACUCUGGUGAGAGCUACCUGCUAGAGGACCUUGAUUCACCAGACUAUCCAGCUAACAAGAGCAAAGACACACAGGCUUAAUUUAAAUAACAUUGAAACCUCUGCUCAGGCCAAAUACAAGCAAUUGCCUCCAAAGCAUAAUGUGCAUUUCUGUGAUAUAAAACUGUAAAUAAAUAUAGAAUUAAUAGCAUUAAAUUCACAAAGGUUAUCUAAAUUUAACUUUUCUUUGAUAGAUAUACAAUACUUUACAAUACAGUACAAUAUAUUUAUAUAUAAAAAUAUAAUUAAUAUGUUAUAUGUAUAUUGUUUAGAUAUAUUAAAUUUAGUUACUUGUGCUGUACUGUUUAUUCUAUACAGUUUGUAAGCUGUAUUCAGUGUGAAUGUUUUGUUGAUUUUUUCAUUAUACAGUAUUCUUUUACAAUAACACAAGUUUGUGUUGAACAUUGUAGGAAAACAAAUUCAUAUUCAUUUAGUGUUUAUUGUGUGGUUUUCUCUUGUAUCUUUUUGAAUCAUUUAUUAAAAACUGGUUUUCCUUAAUAUGUCAAUUUUAUUGGCAAUGAAAAAUAAAACUAAGACACUCAACACAAACAAUGCGAUAGUGCAUAUACAUGACUAAGCUUUCCAUCGUUGGAUGGGUACAGGGUGCUUGCUAUGUAAAUUAAAAAUUAUAUGUAACUAGAUUAAAGCAAAUGUAAAUUCCUUAGCUUAAAGAUUGUUUUGGUCCAGUUCGUGAACUCAUUAUGUUAUAACAAAAAAAUUAAUAUAGACAUUACAGUAUGUGACCAUCUGAUCAAGGGUGUAGCUUGUUUAGCUAAUUUAAUUUUGGGGUUCAGUUCCUGAGCCUAUUAUGUCCCUCUGUAAUCUUUUCCAUUACUACUUAAAGGAUGGGUAUGUGGGGUACAUAAUGAAUUGACAUAAAGAAAUGUGAAUGACCCAACACUUCAUUUCUUAAAAUACAGCUACCAUGUGCAGAUGAGGAGUCACAAUAAUGUGGCUGAAAUAUGUUAACCAAACCCCACACUAGAAAGUGAAGGGACGACGACAUUUUGGUCGACCUGGACCAUUCUCAAGUUGAUUGUGAGAAUGUAUCACAAUCGACUUGAGAAUGGGUCAGGUCGGACCGAAACGUCGUCGUCCUUUCACUUUCUAGUGUGUGGUUUGGUCAACAGCUACUAUGCCUUGACCCCCCAAUAACCAGUAUGACACAUUUCCUGACUAUCUAUAGUAGGAUCAACAAUUUACCUGAGCUACUAUGAUGGUAACCAUGGAAGACAGAGGAGGUGGUGGUGGUGGCAGUCCAAUGAGGACCACAGUCACAUUGGCCACCGCCUGUCCACACUGCCCAAUAUACAUGGCAAGGGUGUAACCUAGUUAUGUUAAAGAUGUCAUGCACCAGGGUUUUUAUUUAGUUUGGUGUUCUGCACGAGAGUCAUUAAGACUGUGACACUAGAUUAGUAACCAAAAGGUAAGGAUACUUUAACCCAGAACAUAUUCCAGGACUAAAGUAAACUCUCUGUAUAUACUCCCAUAGAUGGCAUACUGCUAUUGGUGCAUAUGUCAAUCUCUUGAGUUAUGCAUAGUGCACAAAAGGGAGACACAGGCAGGAGUGACAGAAGGCAAUAAAGGAGGAGCACCUUUGCAACAGAAGACAAAAAGAGUCUAUGAAAGAGAUGAAAGGAGACUUCAGAGUAGCUGAAUGUGUCCAGUGGCAUUCCACAAGGGUCAGUUCUGAGGCCAAUCCUAUUCCUAAUCUAUGUGAAUGACCUACUAGAAGGAAUAGAUUUUUUCCUUUUAAUCUUCAGUGAUCUAAAGAGGGACGAGGAUACAUAAAGAAAUGCAAAAUAGAAGAGAAAUAACCAUUUAGAGGCAUAUAUUACAUAUAUUUUAAGUAAACAUGUGUUGGAGUAGCAUUUGGGAUUUGCAGUCUAGGGACCCUCGGUUUGUAAAUACACUUACAAAAACAUAUACCCUACAAACGGUAUAGUCCCACAGGGUUAUGGAACUGCCUACCUGCCGAUUUUUUUUUUUAUUAAUA